AUGAAGUCAAGUCCAGCCGGUCACGUUUCUUGGGUGCUGACCAAGCGUUUCAGCGGCUCGUCCGACAAUGACAUCGGGGUACCAUACAUUCUCAUGAGCAAGGCCUCUGGCCGUCCGCUGUCUGAGUACGACUGGACUGAAGAUGCCCUCCGCGUGCCAGGGUACCCCCAAAUAGUGAAGCUUCUUCCCCUGACCGACGAGAACCGAGAAAAUAUUAUGAGCCAGCUCGGGUCCAUUAUGUGUCGUCUCUCUGAGCUUCGUUUCAACAAGAUUGGAUCCCUGUUCGAAGACAGCGAUGGCAACUAUUUCGUUGGCGAAUGUCUGAGUCCGACGUUGCUCUGGCAGUGGAGGGACCGGCUCGAGGUCAUGGAGCGAGGUCCGUUCGACGACGAGAGCCAGUACUUUGGCUCUCAGAUUUCUGCCAUGGUAGAGCAUGCCAAGCAGCUUCGAAUGAGCCCCCACAGCUUUUUUGCGCCGAUUCCUGACCCGCUCGAGUAUCGCAACUGGUCCGACUAUCGCGAAGCAACAGACCUGUGGAAUGAUUUCUGUUCCCUUGGCGACAAGAUAGAGAGCAGUGAAAACAGGCUCUCUUUCUGCAUUGCGGGCCAGCUGCUGCGCGACAUGAUUCCGUCUCUCGCUUCGACAGGCAUCCAUUUCGCCCUUUCUCACCCCGACCUUCAUUUCGGUAAUUUGUUUGUGGACGACGAGUUUAACAUCACGAGUGUCAUCGACUGGGGUUCUGCAUCGGUCGGCCCUGUCACCGAGCUGCUCGUCACGCCAGGGUUCAAUGGCUCGUUCGCACCGCCUCCAGAUUCACUUAUUGUUGCUUUUAAGACGGCUUUCCAGCAAACGGCGCGGGGACGGAGUUUUGAGCCUGAACAAUGGGAGAAAGCAGAGAGAAUUCGCCAUUUUACUCCCCUUGUGCGAACAUUGUCGACGCAAGACUUGACGCUGUUCCAAAACCUCUACAAACUCGUGUAUGACAAAGACUCGGACGACAUCCGACGGGACAUUCCUCGGCUUUUUUGCCAGCACCGCGAGGAAGAAUACGCCAAACAGUUGAUGGCUGAGCUCCGCGAGGACGAGGAAGCGGACAAUGAAGAAGAACAAGAAGAAACGGCGGGACAGGAAACGAUGGCAGGCAGAGGAACGGAAGGAAAACGAAUAAAAGAAGGAGAGAAGAUUGUGAGGAAACGAGAAGAAGGGAAGGCGGACAAUGGUGACGUGCAGCAAAUGUUGACAGCAGUGAGGAAACGGGAAGAGAGAGUGACAGUGAGGUAUGCUGUGGCAAGAAAGUUGACGCUGAUGUCGGAGCGGAACGCCAAUUUUGUAGCUGAUAAGAGGUUGUGGCAGUGGAUUGAGGACGCACUGGAGAUAGUCGAUGUGUGA